AAAAAUUAGAAAAGAAAAUCCCAGAAGAAGUAAACGAGAUCUCACCAUUUCCUAAUCACCCCUCUCAAUCAUCUUGGCGCCACACUUCUCAUUGCCACAUGUCCAGGUGUCAAAUGACUGUAACCCCAAAAUACAUUCUUUGAGUACCAGCGCUUUUGAUUUUCUAUGAACAAACGGAGCCAGAAGCUGAAAUUACAAUAAGCGCUUAUUGCUUGUUGAAUUUGAAUGGGGAAUCAAAAGCUUAAAUGGACAUCGGAAGAAGAAGACGCACUUGUUGCAGGAAUCAAAAAACACGGUGCUGGAAAAUGGAGGGCCAUUCUUCUUGAUCCUCAGUUUGCUCCUUUACUCACUUCUCGUUCCAACAUCGACCUCAAGGAUAAAUGGCGAAAUAUGAAUGUUUAUGUGACUUCUGAAGGUGUUAGGACUCCCAAGCCCAAAGUUGCUGCUACUACUUCUUCUGAUAUUGUUAUCAAUGAUUCUUGUCAAAAUGAACAAGAUGUUAAUACCCCUCUAAGGUACAAUGCCAUGGUUUUUGAAGCUCUAUCUACAUUAAAAGAUACUAAUGGGUCCGAUCUAAACGCCAUUGCUAGUUUCAUUGAGCAAAAGCAUCAGGUUCCUCAAAAUUUCAGAAGGACACUGAGUUCGAGGAUAAGAACCCUUGUGAAUCAAGAGAAGCUUGAAAAGGUACAAAAUUGUUACAAGAUAAAAAAAGAAACCUCAUUGGUGACAAAAUCACCUUCAUCAAAACAAAAGGCGGUAAAGCCACAACAGCAAUCAUCAGUCGCUGAUGAUAUGCUGAAGAAAGCAGCUGAUACUGCAGCAUACAUAGUUGCUGAGGCUGAAAACAAAUCAUAUCUGGCAGUUGAGGCAUGCAAGGAGACUGAAAGAUUCUCACGUUUGGCCGAAGAAAACGAUGCAAUGUUAUUGCUAGCCGAAGAACUUUAUAAACAAUGUUUGCGCGGUGAAACUCUCAAAUGGGCUUAAGUUGGUUUAUGCAAGGUUGAUAAAUAGAUUCAUUUUGAUUUUGCAGUAUGUAAAAAUGUGUUGUCUAGUGAAAUGGUGUUUUAACAACUUUCUUUAGGAUGUAUUUAUCAGAUUCCUUUUGCAUUACUUAUUUCUGUAAGUUGCAGGGAAACCCUUGUAUGUCUGAACUUUUUUUUCUCUCUCUCAAGAUACCAAAUCUUGUAUGGAUUUUGGUCCCAAAGUGGAAGUAAUAGAAAAUAUAAGAUUUAAUUAUGUUUUUCAA